CCCGUGAGAGCUUAAAGUGGAUACUGCAAGCUUUUUGGAAUGUGUAUUUGCUUGAUACAACGUCUGCGGCAGAUGGAGCUGCCUGGUAUUGCUGUUGCUAUUUGGAUGUUUGUUGGCCUCUGUGCAUCUGUGGUUGGCUAUCCAAAUGGAAAAGUAAGAGAAGCCUGUACUAGCAUGGUACCCUGUCAUGGUGGCUCUCCUCAGCUGUCACCUGAACAUGCCAUUACAGUGAAUGAGACUGAAUUUAAACCAGGGGACAGCAUAGAAGUUCGCCUGUCUGGACCAGAUUUUGAAGGAUUUUUCAUACAAGCCCGGGAUGCAGAACACCUGGGUAGCCCUGCAGUUGGUUCUUUUGUGUUAGCUGACCGCAGACAUUCUCAGCUGCUGACAUGUGGUCGUACCAAGAAUUCAGCUGUCAGUCAUACAAGUAAAGCAAAAAAGAAAGACAUAAAAGUUUAUUGGAUUGCUCCUGGAGAUGCUCCAAAACGUGUACAGUUUCUAGCCACAGUUGUGAAGAAAUACAGGAUUUUCUGGGUAAAGAUUCCAGGUCCCAUUGUUUCUCAACCUGAUGCGCUGUCCCCUACACCACCUUCGCAUGCAACAUCAGAGGCUAUGUCAACUUCACACCCAGUUUCCCACAUAUCAAAGCCAUUUAGUGCCUCAGGUUGUGGAAUGACAAAGUUCUGCAUCAGGAACCCUGCAAACUGUGAUCCUGGAAGUGCUUCCUGUUUUUUUCUAUCCUUCCAACAUGAGGAGAGCUCAGUUUUUAUUGAAAUGAGCGGUCCAAGUGAAGGCUAUUUAGCAUUUGCAUUUUCCCAUGACCAGUGGAUGGGUGGUGAUGAUGCUUAUCUGUGUGUUAAUGAGGAUCACCGUGUUCAUGUGAGCACUGCCCAUCUGAAGGAGCGAAGUCAUCCUCUCUUGGAUGCAGAGAAUGCCCUUGAAGAUGUGUCGUGGAGGUUUGCAGAUGGUGUUCUUCAAUGUUCUUUCAGAAGGAGUGUUCGUCUCCCUGCUUAUACAGGGAGAUUUAAUCUGGAUACCAGUUACUACAUCUUUCUGGCAGAUGGGGAAGCUAGUGAAGGUGGACUGAUACACAAACAUCAUUGUCAGCCCCUGGUCACUGAUGGACUGUACAACAUCACAGGUCUGCCUCAGGAUAUCGGAGGCUCCCGGGCCCCACGCCUUAUCAAGGCUCAUGGAGCACUAAUGUUUAUUGCUUGGAUUACCACAGUUAGCAUUGGUGUUAUUGUUGCACGAUUCUUCAAACCUGUCUGGUCUCAUUCAUUCCUACUUGGAAAGGAGUUAUGGUUUCAGGUGCAUCGUAUGCUUAUGUUGACCACAGUCAUUCUUACAAGCAUUUCUUUUGUUUUGCCUUUUGUAUACCGAGGAGGCUGGAGCCACCAAGCAGGUUUUCAUCCUUAUCUUGGCUGUGCAGUGAUGGCUUUGACAAUCUUUCAACCACUUAUGGCAGGUUUCAGACCAUCUCGUCAUGCACCAAGGAGGCAAUUGUUUAACUGGUUCCACUGGAGUACUGGUACAACAGCUAGAAUAUUAGCUGUUGUGACUAUGUUCUUGGGAAUGGAUCUGCCAGCACUUGACCUGCCAGACCCAUGGGACACCUAUGCAAUGAUUGGCUUUGUAGCUUGGCAUGUUGGUACUGAUGUUCUUCUGGAAAUCCACAGCUACUGUCUCAUUCGUAAAGUUGAAGUGAUAGAAGAUGACAGAGUACAGAUACUGCAGUCACUCACAUCUGCAGAAGCAGAGGGUCAUCUGUUUAAACAGAUUGUGUUAACCAUCUAUGUCUGUGGAAAUAUAGUAUUCCUGGUUGCCUUCCUGGUAGCAAUCAACCAAGUAUGAAAUAAGUAUUUGAGAAUUUUGUGACAAAGUACUGUGCAGUUGAAAAAUCUGCAAGGAAUACUUUUUAUUGCAACUUUUUUCUCAACAUGUUCCUGAAGAUGUACUUGAAGAAUAACAGCAAUAAGAAUGCAUGUCAUGCUCAUUGUUAGGGAGAUCUGGAAUUCAAAUCUGGAGAGGAAUUGUCCUGUAGUCGAUUGCAGUCCUUCAAAAGCUGUCUUCUUAUGGGACUUUUAAUGGGAACCUUUGCCUGAGUAAGGAAUGAAAUCUGUUUUUGAAGCACACUAGUUAACUUGAUAGAAGCCUAUAGGUGAAAAGAAGACUGAGAAGAUGUGCUGAAAGUGUUAUUUGGAUAGUCAGUUCCCUAAACCUUGGGUGAAUAUUAUUGGGGCAACUGAUAACACAUGAGUGAUCCGGAUUAAUCUGUCCAGUUUGUGUUCUAGUGUGAUAUGCCAGCUUCCUGCUCUUGGCAGUCUAGUGCAUAAAGAAACCCCCAACUAGAUGAACCAUGAACCAAUCUUAGUGAAAGAUUGUCACAAAUGCAGGUUGAUGCACAAGCUAAAUAGAUGAAAGUAAAAUGCAAAAAGCACUGUCUGCUCUAAGAUAGUGUACUUACACAACAAGCACAUGAGUCUGUGAGCUUCAGUCCUUUAGUAAAACCACCAUUUGCCUCACUCAACGUACUGCUCUGUCUCAUCCCUCUUGGUGCUUCUAAAUCAUAAAGAGAAAACAUGUUUGCAAUAUAAAUGUGUUAAGCCUAUCAUAACUUAUCUAAAACCCAAACCAGGAAGAACCUAGCUGUGUUUAUGGAUUUCUUUUACUGUCUUUGGUUGCUUGGGGCUUCUGAAUUACUUAAUUGUGUGAACAAGAUGGAUUUAUGCCUACUGAUACUUUAAUGGAAGUGAAAAUACUUGGAAUGUUGCAGUUAUAUUUGUGCUAUUGAGCAAAGAGUAAUUUGGGAGGUAGGUUGACUUCAAGAAAAGCAGCUUCUGUUAGUGUUUAGUGAGAGUCCUUUGAGCUGCCAUAUCUAGAUGACAGAACUAUAAGAAUUCUAUAACAAUUCUAUUCUGAAAGAAUUUUGGAGGCCAAUUUUUUAGUCAAAAAAAGGUUUAUCUAAAUACAUGAACUAGGUACAGAAACUAGAAAUAGACUAAAUUGUUUCAUGUUAUUUGUUCAUGGUUUGCCUAAGUAUGGAAGGAUAGUCUUGAAUUGGCAUUUUAGAAAUGAAACCUUAAUAUGCUGUGCAGUUACAGUGCUUUGCAGUUGUGUUUUGUGGCUCUGAACAGCUUGCUCCCACACAUUCCAUUUUUCUUACUGAAAAGUAUUGAUUUUUAGUUGCAACAAUUCAAGAUACGUUUUUCAGCUAGGCCUACUAAACUGACUGGGAAUGAAGGUGUUGGGAGUAUUGGAUAGAAUAGUCUGUAGGGAGGCCUGACUCUGUAUAUACUUUUACAGCAACAUAUCUACAAGUGGCCAACUCUAAAAUCCUUGUAGGUGUGGGUCAGGUGGUGGUUCUCUGCAGUUACCAAAACUGGCUGCUUCUGUCUUUUCCUUCACCUUCCCAAGUCCAGAGUGCAGCCUGUUGCAUGGACAGGUAAUGUUCAGGGAGCUACACGUUUGUUUGCAGUCAGUGAUCUUUUUGGCUGCUCAGAGAUCUGAUUUAGCCCUAAAGGUGUUUAUGGAGCUGGGAUUAAUCCCUUUGUCAGCAGCAGCUGACUGAGAGUGAGUCCAAGUUGAAUCAUCUCCCUUAGAAAAGUCAUGUGCAGAUUGGGAAAGGGGGAACACAAAGAAAUGAGUCACAAUCCAGGCUAAAGGACAAGAAGCAUGGGGCCAACUGUGUGGGUGUGAGGUUUUUUAGAGAACUCUGAUCUCAAAAGCCUGGGAAUCUCUGGCUCAUCUACUGCUAAAGUUUUGUGGGACUCUUUCGUCUACUGAGAGUUUAUAGAAGAAAAAUCACUCAACCUAGGCAAGAUUGAUGGCUUUUUAAAUUAAGAUUAAUGCCAGAUUCUUUCUGUAAUACAAUAGCUGUACUGAGGGUUGUUUCAUUUGCAUGUGACAAUGAACAUGGGUUUUAAAACAUGAAUGUAAAUAUAUCUAUAAAAGUUCUUGUCCCUUUUAGUAAUGUGAAAAUGCUGUCAAAAGGAAACUAGAAAAGUCUUGCCUAGGAGCAAAAUGGAUUGUCUGUUUUUUGUAGAUGUUUUAUAAAUUAAAGCUAUGUAAAUCUUUCCUGGAGAAACUAUUAUUGGAAUUGAAUAUUAAAGUAGUUUUACAUUUGAAGCAGUUUCUUUUCCUCAAGAAAAAAAUAAUUCAUUGUUCCAUAUCUAAUGCAACUUUAAAAUUGGCAAAAUUCAGUUACUCUGGAGAACUUUUUUCUUUCC